CGUUAAACCAGCAACAACUUAAUAAAAGACCAAUGAUUAUAACAUCACUCACCUAAUAAGGACUAUGCUGUGCUUCCAGUUUCUAUUCUUUUUGAUUCUUAGCUCUUUGGUUGUGAAUGGACAGAAACCCGGGGACGUAAGACUGGUCGGUUCCACCUUGCCUUUUGAAGGAAGGCUGGAAGUGUUCUUUUUUGGUGCUUGGGGAACGGUUUGCGAUGACAGGUUCACCAUAGUAGAUGGUGCUGUAGCCUGCAGACAGCUAGGCUAUAAUGACGGAGCGGAGAGAACCGAGACGACGGGGCUUGCAAGUUCACGUUUCAGUCCAGGGACAGGAGAUAUACUAAUGGACGGCCUGGAAUGCAAGGGAGACGAGAAAAAAUUAGGGGACUGUCCUUUUAAUGGUUGGGGACUGAACGACUGUGUGCAUUAUGAAGACGUCGCAGUUAUUUGCAAAUUCUCAAAACCGAGUCUUCCAAAACCAAACGUUACCUCAGUUCGAAUAGCCUGCCCAGAAUCUGACUACGGCCUAGGUACAUGCAUAAAUACAUGUAGCCUUCCGUCGACUACAUGCAAUAACGAAACAGAAGUAGCACAGAUUGGUAUCGUUGAGAGACUGGUCAAUAAUUCUUGGUAUCCCAUACCAAGUAGUGACUGGGACCAAGCAUCAGCUCAAGUGGUUUGCAACCAAUUGGGGUAUCCUAGAGCUGGACCAAUACCGAGCAUUGAUGAGAUUUUCCCACGGAGAAGAUGUGGUCGGCCACGUAAUGCAGCUCGCUGUGCAGCAAUAAGAAAUUUCAAUGAUCGCUUGUCAAAGACAGUUACUGAAGGGUUGGCUUGCAUUGGGAGUGAGACUUCUAUCGAUGAUUGUAUAAUUACAUCUUAUGCUGUGAAGCAGUCAUCAGCUCUUAAUGUGGCUACAAUACAGUGCCUUCAUGAUUCCACUAGGAUUGCCGAUUGUGAGAAUUACAACUACACUAAUAGCAGUAGAGAGCUGUAUAGGCUUCGCGGUGGUCCAGUCCCUUGGAAAGGACGGGUAGAGGUGAAGGUAGGAGGGGUCUGGGGCUCAAUUUGUGAUCUUAGUUGGGACGUUAAGGAUGCUAACGUUGUCUGUCGUAAUCUUGGUUUCGGCUAUGCUGAAGCUGUGUUCACUCGCUCACAAUUUGGACGAAGUUCAGCCACUACCCACUUUAGUGGACUAAGGUGUAAUGGGAAUGAGGAUAUCUUAUCAGACUGCUCUAGUAAUACUGGUGGUUUACUUCGGCGUGAUGCUCACAGCUAUUGUGUAUUUCACUCUGGAGAUGUAGGAGUGGAAUGUGGCAUGCCAGCCUGCAAUAAAGAGCCUGAGGUUCGUUUUGCUACUACUGGGUCUGAGACUAUGAUUGAAGUUAACGGCCCCCUUGGCUGGGGCCGGUUGUGCUUUGAUAAUAAAUUGAAGUACACGGAGGCCCACGUCUUGUGUCGGGACAUAUCUGGGGAGUUGGCAGCAAGUUUUGGACCAAUAACGGACUUGUCGUAUCUUGGUCUUUCCUAUUCAGCUCAAUAUAACUGCACGGGAGAUGAGCUUCACUCGUCAGAAUGCAGGGAAAGUAUUACAAGGACUUUUUGUUUUGAUUAUACGAGUAUUGAAUGUGCUCAAGGUCUCCCUGAUUUGGUUCCAAUGGUGGACCAGUUUGAAAGGUCUCUUAGGUCCUAUCCAUACGUACACCUGAUACCAAUGUACUACCUCACCUGUGCUUUAGAGGAGCAGUGCCUAUCAAGCAGCGCCUACAGACAUGCUGAUAACCUCUAUCAUAUCCGUCGCCUGUUAAGAUUUGAUAGUUUAACUAUGAACUAUGGGACUUCUCAAUUCCUCCCGAGCCUCCCGUCUUCUGAAUGGGAAUGGCACACCUGUCAUCAGCACUAUCACUCUUUUGAGGCCUUCAUUAGCUAUGACGUUUUGAAUAAAGAUGGAGAAAAAGUCGCCGAGGGCCACAAAGCUAGCUUCUGCCUUGAAGACAGCACGUGUCGAGGUCUUGGGGCCUACAUGUAUUAUCGCUGCUCGACUGGUAAUCAGGGAAUUUCUAAGAACUGUGGGGAUCUCUACGGGAGCCAUCUUGAUUGUCAGUGGAUUGAUAUCACUGAUCUGUCACCAGGGGAAUACAUCGUAAGACAGAUAGUGAAUGAAGAAGCAGGUGUGGGGGAGAGUGAUUACAGGAAUAACGUCAUACAGUGCGAGGUUGAAUAUAUGAGUAAUUUAUAUCAACUUAAAGUUGGAAAGUGUUCUCACUCUGAUCACAUUUGAGAAGUAGGAACAAAACUGUAAUUUUCAUACUGUUUAACAUCUUUAAUUACAUGAGAUGAGAAAAUUAUUUUUUUUGAUUUUGACUGUCAUUUCUAUAAAUAUUUUUAUAUUGCUACUUUUUUGACAAUUGCUAUUAUUUGCAAUCACAAAAACUUGUU